CAAACACAAUAAUAAUAAUAAUAAUAAUAAUAAUAAUAAUAAUAAUACAGUAUAUUUAUUAUACUUUAUUUUACCAUCUGGUGUUUCAGGGUCAGAUGGAGGUGUGGCCAGGCCUGUACGCACACCUCACCUCCCAGCUGAUGGCCCUGGUGCGGGGCAAGGUGGUGCUGGUGCUGGAGGUGUGGCCAGGCCUGUACGCACACCUCACCUCCCAGCUGAUGGCCCUGGUGCGGGGCAAGGUGGCGCUGGUGCUGGAGGUGUGGCCAGGCCUGUACACACACCUCACCUCCCAGCUGAUGGCCCUGGCGUGGGGCAAGGUGGUGCUGGUGCUGGAGGUGUGGCCAGGCCUGUACACACACCUCACCUCCCAGCUGAUGGCGCUGGUGCGGGGCAAGGUGGUGCUGGUGCUGGAGGUGUGGCCAGGCCUGUACGCACACCUCACCUCCCAGCUGAUGGCCCUGGUGCGGGGCAAGGUGGUGCUGGUGCUGUAGGUGUGGCCAGGCCUGUACGCACACCUCACCUCCCAGCUGAUGGCCCUGGCGUGGGGCAAGGUGGCGCUGGUGCUGGAGGUGUGGCCAGGCCUGUACGCACACCUCACCUCCCAGCUGAUGGCCCUGGCGUGGGGCAAGGUGGUGCUGGUGCUGGAGGUGUGGCCAGGCCUGUACACACACCUCACCUCCCAGCUGAUGGCCCUGGCGUGGGGCAAGGUGGUGCUGGUGCUGGAGGUGACCAGUCUGACCUCACCCAAACAUAGUGGCAGGAACUGAGCACCACACAUCCACACACUGGGUGGGUGGUGCCUGCCGUCCAGACCAAGAGUGCCGCCCACACCCUCAGUGCCUUGCUGGGCCACCACUGCCCCCCUGCUGGACCCCCCUGCAGCCAUCACCAAGCUUUUAGGAGACACUGCUGAGCCUGGAGUACGUCCAGUGGGCACACCGGCGCUGCUUCCAGUACCAGGGGUCCUUAUGCCAGCAGGAGGUGCGGGGCGAGGCUGACCCCAGCACCUUCACCCCGAGCCUCUCCUUCCAAGGCCUGGUGGGUGUCCGGCCCUUACGCCUCCAGACCAGAGACACCAUGCAGCUCCUGACACCACAGACCAGCAGCUCAGGGAGAGGACUGGUGAGAAACUGCUGCAGCUGAGGAGGGAAGAGGCCGUGGUGCUGAGUGAGUCUCCAAGGCUGUGUCUGGUGUGUGACGAGCAGGUGGAGCAACACGCAGCCUUACGGAAGGG